GGAAACCGCAGAAGCUUAUCUUGAUGCCGGUAUGAUCACCGAUUUAAAUGUACUUCGUAUAAUUACUGAUACAACUGCAGCAGCUAUUUCUUAUGGCUUAGAUAAGAAAGCUGAAGGAAUUUUUGAAGUAAAAGCUGUUGCAAGUGACACACAUCUUGGCGCUUGUGAACGUGCAAAACAUAAACUUUCAUCAUCAUUAAAAGCUUCCUUAGAGUUAGAUUCCCUUUUCGAUGGUAUCGAUUUCUAUACCUCCUUAACACGUACCAGAUUUGAAGAAUUGAAUCAAAACUUAUUUCGAUCUACAGUGGAACCUAUUAAAAAAGUACUUCGAGAUUCUAAAAUCGACAAAUGUUCAAUUCAUAAAAUUGUCCUGGUCAGUGGUUUAAUACAUAUUCCCAAAAUUCAAAAGCUGGUAUCUGAGUUUUUCAAUGGUAAAGUACCAAACAAAUCUGUUAAUCCUAAUGAAGCUGCGGCCUAUGGUGCCGCUAUUUGGGCUGCUAUUUUAUCUAGUGAUACUUCUGAAAUAACUCAAGAUUUACUUUAUUUCGAUGUCACUCCUUUAUCUCUUAGUAUUGAAACUACCGGCGGAGUCAUGACACUGCUUAUAAAGCGUAAUACAACUAUACCUAUCAAGAAAUCAGAAAUUUUCUCAACAUAUUCCGAUAAUCUACCAGGAUUUAUGAUUCAAGUUUAUGAAG